CUUGUACACUACGUAUACCAGAUAGUUCCAGUGCAAUUGUAUAUAUUUAUAUAAACAAUAUUGUGAAGUGAUAUUUCCGUCAGUUUUAUAGUGGGUGUUUAAAAAAAUUAGCGAUAUAAAAGGGAUGCGAUCAAAUUGACGUCAAAAUGUUCCAUACUGCCCCUAACGCAGUCGGAUACAACGAAACCGCCCCCAACUUCCACCAACACAUCCAACAAUCCCCCGUUUACGUACCGAGCAACCGCGCCAUGCCCCAAUACACCACCCCGUCAACCACCCAUUUCGGUAGCACGCACCAAAGUAAUUGGCACGGGGGUAGCUACCCCGAGAUGACCACCACAACCGCGCACCCUUUAGGAUCGUCCCCGCACCACGCAGGAACCCUGGCGGGACAAUUUUACGCGCAAAAUAUGAUGAUGAGCGGCUGGAGGCCAUACGAUAGUACCGCGUUCCAAAGGACGAGCCCUUACGGCAUGGAUUACGAAUCCGGGAUGGAUUUUCCAUUCGGAGAGGGUCGCGAAUGCGUCAAUUGCGGCGCUAUUUCCACCCCCCUUUGGCGUCGAGACGGUACCGGCCAUUAUCUGUGCAACGCUUGCGGUUUGUACCAUAAAAUGAACGGCAUGAAUCGACCCUUAAUAAAACCGUCGAAACGUUUGACCGCUACCAGACGAUUAGGAUUAUGUUGUACGAAUUGCGGUACUAGAACGACGACGUUGUGGCGAAGAAACAACGACGGCGAACCGGUAUGUAACGCGUGCGGUUUAUAUUUCAAACUGCACGGCGUAAACCGACCUUUAGCUAUGCGCAAAGACGGUAUACAAACGCGCAAACGUAAACCGAAGAAGACGACGGGCGGAGACCGCGACGACGGUAGCUCCGCCUCUACGGAAGGUAAGGUGAACGCCCUUUUUAUCUCAUUGGAUCCGACGUGUGUGUGUGUUUCAGAUAAAAAAACGCCCCAAACAACAAAUCAGCCGGUUUCACAAGAGGAAAAAUCAUCGACGGGCUUAGAACGACCUUAUUUAGGUCAUACGUCGUUGUUGCCGGCUACGAGCACCGCCGGCGCUAUAAAAAGCGAACCGAUUUACGAUUAUAAUAAUUGCGUACAGGGUCAAACGCCGUACGCCUAUCAACAAAUAUUCGGUUUUUCUAAUAAUAAUAAUAGUCAUAACGAAGCCUAUCAUCAUCAGCAUCACGUGACGGCGGCGGCUAAAUUAAUGGCGUCGUCGUAAUUAAACGCGAUGAUAUUUUUUGAGACGCACUGUAUGUUUAAAAAAAUUCAACGAUCAAUCUAAUAGUAAUCGAUGACUAAUUAUCGGAAUUUAAUUAAUUAUUUAUUAUACGAUUCGGUGUUGACGUAAUCGUUCCAAAAAUAUACAGGGUGAUUGAUUAAUAUGAUAAAGUGCAGCGCCCACUUUGUCCUUCGAGAUGUCGAUUUGAAAAUUUGAAAAAUCAUAGACGUUAUCAAUCUUCGCGUUUUGAAAUUAUUUACAAUCUUACAGGGUGUUCUUGAAAGCUGUGCCAUAUCGAAGUUACAUUUUUUUUUUGGAACACCCUGUAUUUUAUCGCAUAUUUAAAAUCGACUUGACUUUUCCAUUACAAUAAUAUAGGGUUGUGAUAUGUUCUACGGGGUGAAUGAAAAGUAAUAAACAAUUUUCGAUAAAAAUCGUAAUUUAUAUAAUACCCUGUAUAAUGUAACUGAUUUUCAAGAAUUUAAAUCUGUUGUUUGCAAAACAUUCGAAUAGUAGUAAAAAUUGUUUAUUUCGAUUAUUUCCAUUGAUUCUGAUACAGGGUGAAUCAAAAUACUAAUACGUUAUUUUAUCGAUUUUUUCAAAGCGAAUCACCCUGUAUUUUUUAUCGGACAUUCCUCAUACCUAAAAUAUAAGGGUCGAUCUUUAUCCUACGCUCCAAAAAAGGACGAAAUUUUCUUAAAAUAGCUUAAAAUACGACUGAAAAAUAAUUUAAAUAUAAAAGUCGAUUUUUCUUGUUAAAAGCAAUAAAAAUAAGGUAUUUUAUUCUGUUUAUUUUCUUGAUGAAACUUUGGAGUUAUCGUGAAAUCAAAAAAGAAAGAUUUUUAAUCUACAGGGGCGUUCGAAAUUAAAUUCAAAAAUCGUUUAUGAGAUAAUUUAUUAACCAUUUUUUCAAUGCACCCUGUACACAAAACGAAAUUUUAUCACGUUUAUUUUCUUGAUGAACCUUUGGAAUUAUCGUGAAAUCAAAAAAGAAAGAUUCUUAAUCUACAGGGGCGUUCGAAAUUAAAUUCAAAAAUCGUUUAUGAGAUAAUUUAUUAACUAUUUUUUCAAUGCACCCUGUACACAAAACGAAAUUUUAUCACGUUUAUUUUCUUGAUGAACCUUUGGAAUUAUCGUGAAAUCAAAAAAGAAAGAUUCUUAAUCUACAGGGGCGUUCGAAAUUAAAUUCAAAAAUCGUUUAUGAGAUAAUUUAUUAACUAUUUUUUCAAUGCACCCUGUACACAAAACGAAAUUUUAUCACGUUUAUUUUCUUGAUGAAACUUUGGAGUUAUCGUGAAAUCAAAAAAGAAAGAUUUUUAAUCUACAGGGGCGUUCGAAAUUAAAUUCAAAAAUCGUUUAUGAUAUAAUUUAUUAACUAUUUUUUCAAUGCACCCUGUAUACAAAACGAAGUUGUAUCACGUUUAUUUUCUUGAUAAACCUUUGGAAUUAUCGUGAAAUCAAAAAAGAUAGAUUCUCAAUCUACAGGGGCGUUCGAAAUUAAAUUCAAAAAUCAUUUAUUGGAUAAUUUAUUAAAUAUUUUUUUCAAUGUACCCUGUAUACUAAACGAAAUUGUAUCACGUUUAUUUUCUUGAUGAACCUUUGGAAUUAUCGUGAAAUCAAAAAAGAAAGAUUCUUAAUCUACAGGAGCGUUCGAAAUUAAAUUCAAAAAUCGUUUAUGAGAUAAUUUAUUAACUAUUUUUUCAAUGCACCCUGUACACAAAACGAAAUUUUAUCACGUUUAUUUUCUUGAUGAAACUUUGGAGUUAUCGUGAAAUCAAAAAAGAAAGAUUUUUAAUCUACAGGGGCGUUCGAAAUUAAAUUCAAAAAUCGUUUAUGAUAUAAUUUAUUAACUAUUUUUUCAAUGCACCCUGUAUACAAAACGAAGUUGUAUCACGUUUAUUUUCUUGAUAAACCUUUGGAAUUAUCGUGAAAUCAAAAAAGAUAGAUUCUCAAUCUACAGGGGCGUUCGAAAUUAAAUUCAAAAAUCAUUUAUUGGAUAAUUUAUUAAAUAUUUUUUUCAAUGUACCCUGUAUACUAAACGAAAUUGUAUCACGUUUAUUUUCUUGAUGAACCUUUGGAAUUAUCGUGAAAUCAAAAAAGAAAGAUUCUUAAUCUACAGGGGCGUUCGAAAUUAAAUUCAAAAAUCGUUUAUGAGAUAUUUUAUUAACUAUUUUUUCAAUGCACCCUGUAUACAAAACGAAAUUGUAUCACGUUUAUUUUCUUGAUGAACCUUUGGAAUUAUUGUGAAAUCAAAAAAGAAAGAUUCUUAAUCUACAGGGGCGUUCGAAAUUAAAUUCAAAAAUCGUUUACAAGGAUAAUUGAGCCCUUAAAAAAAUUUUAUAUAAAUAUUUAACUCUAUAUUAGACUGUAAAUAUAAAAAAUGUAAUUGCUUUAAGACUGUGACGUAAUUGUACAUAAAAAUCUGCUUGAAGUUGACAUAUAUAUAAAUAUAAUUUUAUUCAUCGAUUUUUUCGACUUCCCCUCGUAAUAAUACGAAGACGUAUUUAUAAUUACCCGGCUUCUAAAGUCUCCAUUAAAUCGUUUAAAUCCAUUUAAUUCUUAUAUUUAAUGCACGCUUUAUUACUACGAGGGAUAUUACGGAAAUCAUACGAGGGUUAGUUCGAAAUUUAUUUAAAAAAAAUUGUCGAUUUCGAGUGUUUUUUUUUCUUUCUUUUCUUUUUGACUCUAGCAGGGUCGGAAUCUUUGUAAAUAAUACAUAAAUAAUUUUUUUAAUCAUUUGUACAAAAAAUAGUAGCGCUUUUAAUAUUCGUCAUCGUAUAAAUUAAAUUUGAAUCAUA